AUUUCUAAACAAACCGUCUAUCUAUGGAGUUGAACUACAAAGCUAAAAUUGCACGUACAAAGUAAAUCGUAUUUAAAUCGUAUAUCAUUCAACAUGAUGGGAUGUAUUUCAAUGGUGUGGGGCAUCAACUCUUAUAUUGAUAAAAAAACGCCAAUAAACGUGUUUUAUUCAUGUGAUUUGGAGCACUUACGCAUAUUAGCAUCUUACGUUCGCAUUUUUCUAAUAGUUUAUAGCCGUCAAUCACGCUCCUGUUUCAAAUGCGUCAUUAACUGAAGUAACGGACAACGUUAUAAUAAGAUUCUUAUUUAAACUGCGUCCAAUUUUCACAAAAUGUAACCAAUUUCAAGGUUUUCCUCACGUUUUAUUCAAAAGAACAAAUAUGUUUUCAGAGUAGCACGUUUUGAGGUGGUCAAUAUGAAUUUAUAGCGCGUCUCGUGUUACCUGCAAGACGAUUGCGCGUGUGUGCGUGAACGCGCUUCUGUGUGGUUGUGAUAAAGAAAGCGAGAUCGAGCGACAGAGAAAGAGGGAUAUUGUGAAGCUGUCUGGUGAUUUCUCCCGUUUAUUUCUUACGGACUCGUCACUUUAGCCUGAUCUUUGUCGUAGAGCCAUAAAUGAAUGGAUGGAGCAUGUUUUCGAGAAACACUUAGGAUCUGUCGGAGAUGGCCUGAUAUUAUGGCAAUUUGGAAGAAGGACGUUGAUGUCGAAUGACAUUGCGAACAGGCAAUGGCGCUGCGAUGGCUAUGGAUGUUAGUGCCAUGGAGAGGAGGUUGGAACCCACGCUCAAAAGGACCUGCACAAGAAGAGGAACGGCAUGUUCGAGCCAAUGAUCGGGAGUACAAUGAGCGAUUCAGUUAUGCUGACAAUCGCAUCAGGACAGCAAAAUACAACGCCAUUACCUUUUUGCCUACCAACCUGUUCGAGCAGUUCCAGCGUUUCGCGAAUGCCUACUUCCUGGUACUCCUGAUAUUACAGUUAAUUCCAGAAAUCUCCUCUCUGUCCUGGUUCACCACCAUUGUGCCUUUGGUGAUGGUUCUGGCUAUCACAGCUGUCAAAGAUGCUACUGACGACUAUUUCCGCCAUAAAAGUGACCAACAAGUCAAUACCCGGCAGUCUCAGGUACUCAUCAAAGGAACGUUAGAGAAUGAAAAAUGGAUGAAUGUAAGAGUGGGGGAUAUCAUCAAACUUGAGAACAAUCAGUUUGUUGCUGCUGACCUCCUCCUUCUCUCUAGCAGUGAGCCCUAUGGACUGUGCUAUAUCGAGACCGCCGAGCUUGACGGGGAGACCAACCUGAAGGUGCGUCAAGCCUUGACUGUAACCUCAGACCUCGCGGAUGAUGUGGCCAGGCUGGCAGACUUUAAUGCGGAAGUCAUCUGCGAACCCCCCAACAAUAAACUAGACAAGUUCACAGGGACGCUGUACUGGAAAGAUAAUAAGUACUCGCUGGACAAUGAGAAAAUGCUCCUGAGAGGCUGUGUGCUCCGUAACACUGAGUGGUGUUUCGGAUUGGUUAUAUUCGCAGGGCUCCAAACCAAGCUUAUGCAAAACUGUGGAAGUACAAAGUUCAAGAGGACCAGUAUCGAUAGGCUAAUGAACACACUUGUGCUGUGGAUCUUUGGAUUCCUCAUCUGUAUGGGGAUCAUCUUGGCCAUUGGAAACACCAUUUGGGAGCAGAGAGUGGGCAGCGACUUCUGGACGUAUCUUCAGUGGAAUAAACUCACAAGCAAUGCAAUCUUCUCUGGCUUCCUGACCUUCUGGUCUUACGUUAUCAUCCUCAACACUGUCGUACCCAUCUCGCUAUACGUCAGUGUUGAAGUAUUGCGGCUGGGCCAUAGUUACUUCAUAAACUGGGACAGACGAAUGUACUACAGUCAUAAGGACACCCCUGCCGAGGCUCGGACCACCACCCUAAAUGAGGAACUGGGUCAGGUGGAGUUCAUCUUCUCGGACAAAACAGGAACCCUGACUCAAAACAUCAUGGUGUUUAAUAAGUGCUCCAUAAAUGGGAAGACCUAUGGGGAUGUUUAUGAUGAAUUUGGACAUAAAGAAGACAUUACAGAGAAAACACCAUGUGUGGAUUUCUCCUUCAAUACACUGAGGGACCGGAAAUUUCGUUUCCAUGACAGCAGUUUGAUCGAGGCCAUCAAACUGGAGGAGCCUCUGGUUCAGGAAUUCUUCCGUUUGUUAGCCCUCUGUCACACUGUCAUGCCAGAAGAGAGAUAUGAGGGUGAGCUGGUAUAUCAAGCACAAUCUCCAGAUGAAGGAGCUCUGGUCACAGCGGCACGGAACUUCGGCUUUGUGUUCCGGUCCAGAACUCCAGAAACCAUCACUGUUUAUGAGAUGGGUCAGCCGGUUACCUACCAGCUCCUGGCCAUAUUAGACUUCAACAAUGUCCGUAAGAGAAUGAGCGUUAUUGUGAGAAACCCAAAGGGGCAGCUAAAGCUUUACUCAAAAGGAGCCGACACAAUACUCUUCGACAGGCUGGACCCAUCCAAUGACGAGCUUAUGUAUACUACCUCAGAACAACUUAACGAGUUCGCCGGGGAGGGUCUCAGAACGUUAGUGCUCGCGUACAAAGACCUGGAUGAGGACGUGUUUGAUGAAUGGAUGAAGCAGCUCCUGUUUGCCAGCACCUCGCUGGAUAACAGAGAAGAAAAACUUGGCGCCCUGUAUGAAGAAAUCGAGCAGGGGCUGAUGCUCCUUGGUGCUACAGCCAUAGAGGACAAACUCCAGGAAGGCGUUCCAGAGACUAUUGCCUGUUUGACCCUGGCCAACAUCAAGAUCUGGGUGCUAACCGGAGACAAACUAGAAACGGCGAUGAACAUCGGCUACUCUUGCAACAUGCUGAGAGACGACAUGAAUGAGGUGUUCAUAAUCUCAGGUCACACCUCGCUUGAGGUCCAUCGGGAGCUCAGGACCGCUAAAGAGAGAAUCAUGGGACCCAGCAGAGAGAAAUUCAGCGGUGCUCCUGACACAGAGAAGACGGAUAUAUACUCAAGUGACUCUGUCUUUGAAGAAACCAUCAUUUCAGAAUACGCUUUAAUUAUCAAUGGACACAGUUUGGCUCAUGCCUUGGAGGCAGACCUGGAGCAGAUCCUGGUAGACGUAGCGUGUCUGUGUAAGACUGUGAUCUGCUGUCGAGUCACUCCACUGCAGAAAGCUCUGGUGGUCGAGCUCAUAAAGAGACACAAGAGAGCCGUCACACUCGCUAUCGGUGAUGGAGCUAAUGAUGUCAGUAUGAUCAAGACGGCUCACAUCGGCGUGGGCAUCAGCGGACAGGAGGGCAUGCAGGCAGUGUUAUCCUCAGAUUACUCCUUCGCCCAGUUCCGCUACCUGCAGCGCCUCCUGCUGGUCCACGGCCGCUGGUCUUACCACCGCAUGUGCAACUUCCUCUGCUACUUCUUUUACAAGAACUUUGCCUUUACGCUGGUGCAUUUCUGGUAUGGAUUUCAAUGUGGAUUCUCCGCCCAGACUGUAUACGAUCAAUGGUUCAUCACACUUUUCAACAUAGUCUACACCUCACUUCCUGUGCUGGCCAUGGGCUUAUUUGACCAGGAUGUAAACGAGCAGUACAGCUCACGCUAUUCAAACCUGUACAGACCGGGUCAGCUCAACCAACUUUUCAACAAGAGAAAGUUCUUCACGUGCACACUGCACGGCGUCUGCACCUCUUUCAUUCUUUUCUUCAUACCGUACGGAGCCUUCAUAUCCGCCGUACGCGACGACGGUGCCCAAAUCUCUGAUCAGCAAGCAUUCGCGGUCACGAUAGCAACCUCUCUUGUUAUUGUGGUCAGUGUCCAGAUCGGGCUCGACACAAACUACUGGACGGCUGUGAACCAUUUCUUCAUUUGGGGCAGUCUCGCUGUUUACUUUGCUAUACUUUUUGCAAUGCAAAGCGAUGGCCUUUUCAACAUAUUCCCAAACCAGUUCACUUUUAUAGGCACGGCACGUAACUCUCUGGAUCAGCCGGUCGUUUGGCUGGUUAUCUUCCUCACCACUGUGGUGUGUAUUAUGCCCAUGGUGGCCGUCCGAUUCAUCAAGACUGACUGCUAUCCCACACAGACUGAUAAGGUGCGCUUGCUUCAGCAGGCCACCAGGAGGCAGGGUCCCCAAGAGCAGAACCUCAGGAGAGUCCGCAGGACAAGUUCACGACGCUCGGCGUACGCUUUCGCCCACCAGCAGGGUUACGGAGAACUCAUCACUUCUGGCAAGAACAUGAAGGUAACCACAUCAUCUACAUCCACCUGCCCCCUGUCUUCUCCUGAAGGACGCCCCGGCACCAGAGGGGUCCCGGAUGAGACCAACACAGAGGCAGAGACCAACAACACUGGAUUUAAAAGGGAAUUUGACCAAAAUCAAGAUAUGAAGGUGGAAGAUUUGGAGGCCAGAUGAACCGUACCAUACUUGAAGAUCAAUUGAACAUUUAUGGGUUGCUUCCUUUCGUAAAGAAAGAGACGCUAAAGAUCCGUCCUAUGUCCUUAAUGUGAGAAUUUGAUCAUUUGGGAUUUCUAACGAUGCCCCCGGGCACUACAGGACUAUGGGGACACAGGAGACUCCAAAGAGCCAGCAUAAUGAAGCACAGAUAACACUAAUUCCAUCCAUCUCAUGCAAAUGUGUUCCAGUCUGAUAACACGCCUGUUCCUUUUAACACAUCAUUGAAUUUGAAAAGGAACCUCAGUUCAAUUCAAUUUGGUCUUCUAUCUUCUAGCGCAGAAGUGAUGUGUUUCCUCAGAAGACGCCGUCGUGUUUCUAGUUUUAAUAACGUCCUUUAAUGGACCAAAAGCAUUGCAAAGUCAGUGCAUCCAAUUUAACUGUAAGCACAAUGGCAGAAUGGCAAAUGGCAAAGACCAAAUCCAGUUUAUUCGCUAGUUUUAUAAACUACUAAAAUAUCAGGGAGCAAAGAUGUACAAGUUAGAAAAAUAUUACCUCUUAGUUUGUUAUAAACAGCGAUACAGCCAUCUGCAGCAGCAUUGAUGCAUUGCACCGAAAUGUUUUGACUUGUGCACAAUGUGGAUAUUUUGAAAAAUCUAUACAGUUAUUUCAAAAGCACUUGAAUGCAGUGCAUCAUGUGAUGAUUUCAGAGACGAGUUGUAACAAAAAGGAAUGUGCAAUAACAUUGCCACAAACGAUAUGCAUUGGCUGUAAAUCUUACGUUUCCGUAAUACGCAACAGCACUAAAGCAUCUUCUUGCCGACUUCUUGUUCUCUUUUGAUGUACACUGAUGGCACUGAUGCUAAAAUUAUUUAAAAAUGCCUAAUUUUAUGUGAAUACACUUCACGUUUUUAAAAGGAAACACGGUAAAAACAUUCCACACCGUAGUCAGCGUCCGCUUUGCAUGCAGCUGAAUGAAUGGAUGAGAUUGAGUAUAGAGAAGUGUUUGGACUGAGUUAACCGUGAGAGGAUACAUAGCUGUGCCUUCCAUCAAGCGAUAGACUGAAGCAUAUACUCCGUUACAUCUAUAUAAUUCCACACAUAUGUACUAUAAAGGUCUAUAAAGUGGGCAUUUCCUUCACGGGAUCCUUUGUGGAAAGGAUUAUGUGCCUUUUGUGUUGACCUCGCUUCAAAAGAAGUCAUUUCUGUUGUUUAUUUUGGGUAGACCAUGUCACCAUUGCCUUUUUUCUGAAUGUUUACCGACAUUACAAAAUGGAGGCAUACUGUAGGCUAUGAUAUGUUUGGGUUAUUGCCUCCAGCUGUUGGGAUAUUUUGCUGCAAAACCAUAAAGAUGAUAUUUUCCAUUUGAAAUGUUAGGGGAUUGUGCAACAUUUCCUUUUUAUGAAUGUACAGCCGACACAUAAGUUCAUGUUAUGUAACAUAUACAUGUUGAAUGUAUGCUGUUUUUCUGCUGUGCUAUUUCGUCUACGAAGACCAUGCAAAUUGUUUGUCGUUUUCUCGUUUAAAUGCAUGGAUUUUUAUAUAAGCAAUUGUCAUUUUUAUAAGAUACGCAUUAAAUGGCCACUGUUUAAUUUAUUUAACAACGGA